UAUACAGGGACUAGUUAGGUGUUUUGUUGUACCCACAUCAGUGGAGAACGCCUUGUCAAAUUCUGCGUCACUUUUGUAAACAAAACCCUCCCGGCUCCCGCUCACGGCUGCCAGGAGGCCAGCUGACGCCUCCAGCAUGCACAUCGCUGAUUGGUCUGGAGAAAGAAAGAGAAAGUUACCAACCUUCUAGCCAUCAUGAAUUCUUCUACCAAGCCAGGAGAACACACGUCACCCAUGUUACUGGGAUUUUGCACAAAGGUGGUGAAGAAUGUCACCAGUAAUGUUAAUAAGGGUGCUCUUAAAGAAACUGGUGAAGAGGCAUAGCAACAUGAGGCUGCACCUGCGGCUGAGACUGUGGGUAGCCCUUGCACUGGGCUAUGUACUCCUGAUGGGGUUUGUGCACCUAUUUCAUAUUCCCCUCAGGUCACGGACAUUUCACUCACACUAUGACAUGUCAGAUGAGGGUGUUUUGGAAAAGACCCAUUCAGCUGUCAAAAAAAUGGUUGAGAAAUAUGCUAAAGCUGCCCUGGAACACCCUGGCUCAGGAGCAGAAACUGCACAGCAAAUUACACUACUGACAAAAACAUUCAAGAAGGCUGACAGCAAUGCAAAUGAAGUGUUAGAGUUGAGUGAGUUGUCAUCAUGGAUUGCUAAAAAAACUAAAGAACAUCUGACACUUGCACUCCGAGAUAAUAUUUUUACCUUUACAGCAAUUGAUCUAAAUCCAAGAAAUGGUGUGGUAUCCUGGGAGGAGUUUCAUGCAUACUUCCUCCAGCAGCAUGGAUAUGAUGAUGAGUUCAUUAAGAAUCAUGAACACAAUCAUAAAGGAUUGCCAAGGGAAAUAAAGGAAGCCAUCAUGAGAGACAAGGCUGCUUGGUCAGAAGCUGCCAGAAGUGAUCCAGAUCAAUUAACCCUUGAUGAAUUUUUGGCAUUUAGGCAUCCAGAGUCUUCUCAUGCAACCAUCUUGAAUAUUGUUGAGGAAACCAUUGCCAGAUUAGAUAUUGAUGGAGAUGGCCAACUGACAAGUGAAGAAUUUGCAGAUCCUGAGAUAAAUGAAGUGCCAGAUGGCAUUACUCCUGAACGCUAUAAAGAAGAACGCUUGAAAGAUUUUAAAAUUGCAGAUGGAGAUAAAAAUGGCUUGCUUGAUAGAAAGGAGUUAUUGCAUUUCAUUGACCCUCGUAAUACCCAUCAUGCAGAGAAAGAAGCAUUGAACUUGAUGACUGCAGCAGACACUGACCAAGAUGGUGUGCUAACCCUACUGGAGGUUCUGGGUCAAAGAGAACUCUUCAUGGCAAGCAAGAUGGUUGAUGCUGCCAGAAGUUUUCAUGAUGAAUUCUGAUUUGAAUUGUGUCUUGUUUGUUAAACUAUUGUAUAAUCAUGCACUACAAUUAAUAAGAAGUGCAAUGGAGAACAAAUUUAUUUCUGUGAAAUAUUUAUAUUGAAGCUUCUGUGAUUGUACAACCUCUAAUGUGAUGGAGGUAUGUGGGUUAUUUGUGUCUCCUUGUUUGAAGAACGUUUGUAUUUAAUGUUUUGUGAUAUGAGUAAGGAGAGCAAGCUACCUCUCUUACAGCAAUCACAAGGUUCCUGCCAAUACACACACACACACACACACACACACACACACACACACACACACACACUAUUAUAUUCUAGUUUAGGCAGAGAAGGGUUAGAGCAAAUAGUCAAGUCUCAAGGUUGUGAUAAUAGCUUGCUUCUUAAAUUUUCUUUUUACUUACUGCAAAGUAAAAGAACAUUUGAAAAAUUAAAAAUAGACCUAUGAUUGCAUAAUUAUUCUUAUAAUUAAUAAACACUUCCAAAACUUA